CAUAAAUGACGAAUUUGGCGCGAGGGCUUUCGUACAACUAAUAUUGCAUACUAUCUCGAUUCUGUUGCAUCUAACCACAAGGCAUUAUAAGAAAUCAAGAUGAGUGAGGUGGGGUUAGUCCAGGCCUCUCCAUUUAAGCCUGAUUUAGAUAAUGCUACUAUGCCGGAGGAGGAUGCAGCUAGCAGAGCUGGGUCUGAUGUGGCAGUUGCUGAAUUGACAGCCUCCCGACAAGUUGACUCCCCACUGACAGUAGCAUCUGUACAGGAUAGUGAACAAUCAGUGCAGGGCAAUGAGCUUAUCACCCAGUCCGAGGUGGAUGAGGAAGCCAGGCUGGAACAAGAGAGGGAACAGGAGGAUAAAGAGGAAUAUAGGAAGAGAAAAGAGAUGUGGCUCCACCUGGAACAGGACAGUAAGGAACAAAGAUACGAGCGACUUAAAGUUCUCCUCAUGAAGAGUAACAUGUAUACAGAGUACCUGCUACAGAGAAUGGAGCGACAGAAAGCAUUGGAGAUGAAGAAACGAGAUGCCAUGUUGAAGAAAUUGGCCAGGGACCGAGAAAAAAGAGAGGCUCAAGAUGCUAACAAGGCCAAAACAAAUGCAGCUGUUUUAGCUGAUCAUUCUCAGGACACUGAAAAUAGCCAGAAGUCAACAGAGUCAAAUUCAUCAAGAAGAUCGACAAGAGGAAAAAUGUCUCUUCGAGCUCCGGUCCCUAAGUCCAAGUUGUCUGCCGCUAAUUCUCCAGCUAUUACACCAAAAUCAAGGGCAUCACCAUCCACACCUGGCAUGAUAGCCAGCUCUACGCCAAACAUUAAGGGGGCAAAAGAAGCAUUAGAACCCAGUCUGGAUGAAACCUCGCAAAAGGCUGAUCCUUCAGAAAAAGAUUCGGACAGAAUCUCACAAACGACAGUACCUGAAGAGGGAGUUACUAAACCGUCAGAGAAAGACACUGAAAUGACAGAGAAAGACACUGAAAUGACAGAGAAUGACACUGAAAUGACAGAGAAAGACUCUGAAUUGUCAGAGAAAGACACUAAAUUGUCAGAGAAAGACUCUGAAAUGAAGGUGAAAGACAACGAAAUGCCAGAGGAAGAUAGAGAUGGUUCGUCUGCGCGCGAUCAGUCAAUGUCCCCUGGGUCAGAGAAAGAGAAUGAUACGCCACAGGUCAGGAGGAGCGGGAGAGUGAAAGUGGAUGCUGAGACUCAAGACACAAAAUCAAAGCGAGGCAGAAAAAGGAAAAGUUUGAACUACAAUGAAAAAUCACCACAGGGAGCCAAAUUGUUAACUCACUUCUUUACACCCUCCAGUAAAAGACAGAAGCUGGUCAUGGAAGCAGACCAGGAAGAUGAUGACAAGGAGGAAGAGGAAAUGAAAGAAGAGAAAAAGGACCCCAAUGCCAUAGACCUAUUUACUGGAUUCCCCGAUAUAGAACCAGACGGCACUAUAACCAGGCCAGCCUUGUUGACAGGAGGGAAGUUAAGAAACUACCAGGUGGAAGGACUUAACUGGCUCAAGGUGCUGUUUGAAAAUGGAGUCAAUGGUAUCCUCGCAGAUGAGAUGGGUUUGGGAAAAACAAUACAAUGUGUGGCCUUGAUGUGUCAGAUUGUUACGAUGGGGGCUCUUGGGCCGUUCAUCGUCAUAGCUCCACUGUCAACUCUCCCAAACUGGAGAAAUGAAUUCAAAAGAUUUGCUCCAAGAUUGCCGAUCUUGUUUUACCAUGGAACGAGGGAGGAGAGAGCUCGACUUACAAACAAGAUGAAGAAGAAACAUGAGGUUCUGCCUGGCAUUAAGAUCCAGCCCAUUGUCAUUACCUCGUACGAUAUCGCCAUGAGAGAUCGGGCCAACUUACAGAGGUUUGAGUGGACUUUCAUGAUAGUGGACGAGGGACACAGACUCAAGAACACAGAAUGUAGGCUGCUCAAAGAAUUGAAGCAAUACAAGAACACUCACAGACUAUUGCUGACAGGGACGCCACUACAGAACAACCUCAAGGAGUUAUGGUCCCUGCUUCACUUUCUACUGCCGGAGAUAUUUGAUGAUCUGGGAAGUUUUGAGACGUGGUUUGAUGUGACUGUGAUAUCAGAUGAUGCAGCGGAUGAGGCUAUCAUAGAGGAGGAGAAAAAGACCAACAUCCUUGGAAUGCUGCAUCAAAUCCUAACCCCGUUCAUGCUGCGUCGCGUUAAAGCUGAUGUUGAUAUUGACAUUCCUCCCAAGAAGGAGCUGAUCGUGUAUGCGCCCCUCAGCAAUGUUCAGAGGGAGUUCUACGAAUCCACUGUUGACCGGACAAUCCUCAACAAGUUCAAAACUAAUAAUAUUGAUAUGUGGUGGCAGCAACCUGAAAUAGAAGUGGACUUAGAUGCUAAAGGUCGUCCAAUCAGAGGCAAGGGAACGUACAAGCCAGAGAAGAACCUGUUCCCGGAGGCAGAAUUGAGCUUACAAAUGAGGAACAUUAUGAUGCAGCUACGGAAAGUGUGCAAUCAUCCCUACCUUCUAGAGUACCCACUGGAUGUGACUGGUAAUUACUUGGUGGAUGAAGACAUAGUUAGGAAGUGCGGCAAAAUGCUGGUACUGGAUCAGAUGUUGAUGGAACUCCACAAAGAUGGACAUAAGGUGUUGAUCUUUUCCCAAUUUACAACGAUGAUGGACAUUCUUGGGGACUACCUGUACAUGAGGAAAAUAGAGCAUUGUCGGCUUGAUGGAAACACCAAGGUCGAAGAUCGACAGAUAGCAAUGGAUGAGUUCAACACUGACCCGGACAAAUGGGUGUUUUUACUGAGUACACGGGCUGGCGGGCUUGGGAUUAACCUGAUAGGGGCUGAUACAGUCAUCAUCUACGACAGCGACUGGAACCCCCAGAAUGACUUACAAGCCCAGGACCGCUGCCAUCGUAUCGGUCAGACCAAGCCAGUGAUGGUGUACAGAUUCGUGACCGCCAACACGAUAGAUCAGAAAAUUGUGGAGCGCGCAGCGGGAAAGAGAAAACUGGAGAAGAUGAUUAUACACAAGGGAAAGUUCAAGAGAGGCAUAGACAAGGACUUCACAAGUGAGGUGAAACCACUGUGUCCAGAAGAACUCUGGGAUUUGCUCAAGUCCAGAGACCACUCGAAUGUAGUCAAAGAGAUGAAGGAUGGAGAAGUGAUGAGCAAGGAGGACAUGCAGGCACUGCUGGACAGGUCCGAGUUGAUGAAAGAGUUUGAGGAGAAUAUGAAGGCCAGGAAAGGACAAGCACGAUGCUAAACAUACACAACUGAAUAUCAUCACCAUUCGAGAUUGAACAUCAUUUAAUAUAGCAAUUCAAGAUCCAAGACACCAUCGAAUAUCCCAAUUCGGCAUCUGAGACAUCAUUGAAUAUUGUCAUCCAAGAUCCAAGCCAUCAUUGAAUUUUAUCAUUCAAGAAAUGAGACAUCAUUGAACAUCUCCAGCCAGCAUCCCAGACUUCAUUGAAAAUUGCCAUUCAAGAUCCAAGCCAUCAUUGCUUAUUGCCAUUCAAGAUUUGAAACAUGAUUGAAUAUCGCAAUUCUAGAUCUUAAACAUCAUUGAAUAUCGCCAUUCUAGAUCUUAAACCAUUGAAUAUUGCCAUUUAAGAUCUUAAACAUCAUUGAAUAUCACCUUUCUAGAUCUUAAACAUCAUUGAAUAUCGCCAUUCUAGAUCUUAAACCAUUGAAUAUUGCCAUUUAAGAUCUUAAACAUCAUUGAAUAUCACCUUUCUAGAUCUUAAACAUCAUUGAAUAUCGCCAUUCUAGAUCUUAAACCAUUGAAUAUUGCCAUUUAAGAUCUUAAACAUCAUUGAAUAUCCCCAUUCUAGAUCUUAAACAUCAUUGAAUAUCCCCAUUCUAGAUCUUAAACAUCAUUGAAUAUCGCCAUUUAAGAUCCGAGACAUUGAAUAUCGCCAGUCAGCAUUCAAGAUUUGAAACAUCAUUGAAUAUCGACAUUCUAGAUCUUAAACAUCAUUGAAUAUCGACAUUCUAGAUCUUAAACAUCAUUGAAUAUCGCCAUUCUAGAUCUUAAACUAUUGAAUAUUGCCAUUUAAGAUCUUAAACAUCAUUGAAUAUCGCCUUUCUAGAUCUUAAACCAUUGAAUAUUGCCAUUUAAGAUCUUAAACAUCAUUGAAUAUCGCCAUUCAAGAUCUUAAACAUCAUUGAAUAUAUCACCAUUCAAUAUCCGAGACAUUGAAUAUCGCCAUUCAAGAUCCGAGACAUUGAAUAUCGCCAUUCAGCAUUCAAGACAUCAUUAUUUAUCGCCAUUCAAGAUCUUAAACAUCAUUGAAUAUCGCCAUUCAAGAUCCGAGACAUUGAAUAUCGCCAUUCAAGAUCCGAGACAUUGAAUAUCGCCAUUCAGCAUUCAAGACAUCCUUAUUUAUCGCCAUUUAAUAUCCCUAGAUGUAAUAACGUCAUUGAAUGUCAGCAUUCAAGCUCCAAGACAUCAUUGAAAAUCUUCUAAAAACAUCAUUGACCAUCUUUUGUGAUAAUUACAUGGCCAGGGAUGUGCUAAUAUUUUGUUAUUGAUAAUUUCAACUCAGGAGACAUACACAUGGUUACCCAUCCUCAAACUUUGUAACAGUGCAGCUAAUAUAAAAUAACAUGUACUUAAUUACAUGUACUUAAUGAACAAUAAGGCCUAAAAAAAAAAUACAUUUGGUUCGGGUUACCCGACCCUACCUACGGAAUAGGCGCCGACCCUACCAUUUUUAUAGUCAGUUUGAAAAACAAAAAAAAUAAUAUUUGUUUUUGUUUUUUGUUUUUAUUGCUUUUUAAUAUGUAGUUUAAAACCUUAAAUGUAUACAGAAGAUAGCUUUUACACCAUUAUACAAUGAUGAAAAUGACAUUCUAAUAAAAAAAAAGCCUACCUACCCUACCUAUUUUUGAAAAGGAUGUAACCCUAACCAAACAUUUUUUUUAGGCCUAAUUGAGAUUCUUCUUUAGUGGAUCUUGAAAUUCAGUUGAAUAUAAAAAUAUGCUAAAACUUGAAAAUUGCUUUGGAGUUGUAUGAUGAAUGGUUGUGUCUGUAAGCCCUAUUAAGAAAAAGUUGAUUUCCACAAGCUGAAUUAAGUAUGGGUUAGGUAGGUUCCUGUUGUUGUUGUUGUGGUAUAUUUCUGUACACAUCAUGAACACUCUUAGUUUGGCAUUGGCAGAAUUAUUUUCUUUGCGUUAUUGUUGUCAAUCUUUUGGCAUUUUAUUGUAAUAGUUGAUAGAAAACUUUUUGCCAUGUUUGCAUAUUCAUACCUGGAAAUUAAGAAUGGACACCACUAAAAUAUUGUUUUAAGAACAGGCUGGAGAUCACUAAAUCUGACUUCAAUUUGUAGUAAUCAAAAAUUUUGGUUGAAAGAAAAAAGAGAGCUGGCGGAAAACAAGAAAAGACAUAUUUUAUAUUUUAAUAUCACUUUAGAAUAAGAUGCAGAAGUAUAUAGGAUAAUCGGCUAUUUGUUGGUUGCGUAGUUAGAAUUGCCAUAACAUUAUCAACACGAUCACUUCACCUGGUAAUGAACUGGACAGUAACUACUGUUUACCUUCAUUACACAUCAUUUCAAAUUAUUAUGAUAAUGGUAUCAGACCAAUGAUUUGCUAGUUGUAUGAAUUAAGUUUUAAAAACAAGUAUUAAUCAAUGUUGUACAAUUUAUGUUUAAACACUAUAUGAUUUUAUGAUUGUUCAUAUAACUAUGUUUCAUUUACCUGUUUAAAUGCAUCUGGAAUGCAUUCAUUAAGAGAGACUGAAGUAAGAUUUUUAUCUGUAUAAUAUGUUAUGCUUUUAAAUGAGCUUAUGUGUGUACAUGUAUGGUAAAAUGGCAGUAACUUCUUGUGUAAACCAUUGUAGAAACUGUAUGAUUGUGUUAUAAAUGAUAUGGGUUUUUUACCAUGUGUUUGAAACGAAUUUUAAUUUUGUUCCCAAGUAUAACACUCAAGGAAUUAAUGAUACUAUUGUGAUGUUCUUUUGUCAUGUAAUUGUAUUUUUUACACAAGUGAGGAUGUACCACGUACAUCCAUGUUCAUGGACAUUAAUUACAACUUGUAUAUAUUACUAGUAUGUUACAGAAUGGAUUUCUACAUGUUUUCCAUACAUGGUUCUUAGGUUCAGGAUUACGGUAAUCCUGACAUCGACACACAGAUUUUAUCUUCAAACUGUUGUAAAGGUUGUUUUUGGUUUUAACAAUUGCAUUGAAAACAGGAGGAAGUUCAUUGAAAUUAAUAUAAAUUAUUUUGGAGACAAUUUGAACAGGGGCUAAGCCCUUUAUCUUGCCUUGGGCAUGAAUUUGUCAUACUCAAAUUCACCCCCUGGCCUUUUUCAUGUUUGUCAAUGAUCUGCUGUAAUACAAAAACCUGUAGCUCUGUUACAUCUUGUUAUGUUUGCCACAUAUUCUGAAUUAAAAAAUAACAUUAUGAUGUAUGUAUGUAAGUAAAUGUUUACUGUAAUCAUCAUGUAAAUUUUAAUCCAACUGUGACGAGGGCCGGUAUUCAUAAAAUAUCUUGAGUCAUUUCACAACUUAAAGUUGAAUCUAAUUUUUUAUAGUCAAUUCAAAAGAAAAAAGAGGAUUUAAAAAAACAUGUAUUUUCAAUAACAUCAAUGAUAAUAAAGUAUUUCGGAUUUUAUUAAGUAAUUAUAUCAAAUGAUCAGUGAAAUAAUAAACUUUGGAAAAUGGCUGAAGUUAGGAUAUAACUUAAGAUACUCUCCGAAUACUGGUGCAGUUCCUCUUGCAAUAUACAAGAUGUUGUAAGAAAAUGUAUUCUUGUUUUUCAGCAAUAGCAUUACAGUUUGUUCGUGUUUACAUUGUAUAUAAAGUCGUUACUUACUACUCAAUUCUUGGAACAGUUUUUUUUUUUUAAUUUGAACUGCCACAAACAGAAAAAUGUCUUUUUGUAAGUAUGAUGUAUACAAACAAUAUGACCAUUAUGAGCGUGAUAGUUUUGUGUUACUAAAAAAGAACUGCAGUUCAAAAGUAAUCGCUUCAUGUUUUUGAACCAAAAAUUAGUUUUCACUGUUAUGUAUCUGGAAACUCUUAUUUUACCAUUAUUUUGCAGAUAGAAAUAAUACAAUUUUAGUAAACAAACAGUAUUUUGUUUAAGUGGGGUGCGAAGCCAUGCCAGUAGUCAAGGAAAAAAACAGAUGCCUUCACCACUAGGCCACCAGGACAAUUAUUAAUUGACCCGCCAGCGUCAUCAACACUAAUAAAUAUUGUUGUUCUCAAUAACGAAAUUUUAGCAAAUAUCCGCUAAAGGGUUCCAGAUUUGGUAUAUAAGUUUUAACCACCUUAUAAUUUGCCACACUUUAUUUCGUUUUACAAAAAAAAAAUGCAUUAAAAACAUGGGCAAGUACCUUUAAAAAGUUAUGAGUAUUUAAAAACUUCCUAAAACCGCUAUUUCUGCUGUUAGAUUGUUCGUUUAAUGCUACCUAGGCUAGUGCUACAAUUUAAGAACUGUUAUUUCUCAUGUUCCAGCUUCAAAAUCACUGUUAUGUUAUAUUUCCACUUGUUAUUACAUUAUUUGCACUGUUAAUUCACUAUUUCCACCAGUCAUAACUUACACCAAAUGUGUUCAUUAAAUUAGAUUUGUUAUUCUGAGAA